AAAAAAUUAUAGAGUUUCAAAAGAACAAGAUCUAGUAAUAAAUUGGUGUUAUAAAUUUAUUCAAAACGAAAGUGUUAAGCUGGAUUUGGAAAUAAUUAUUAUAUUAUCUCAGUCUCAAUGAAGGUAUAAGUGAUAUUACUGAUGGAGAAUAUAAUAGGAAAUUUCCAUUUUGAUAUCUCAGAAGAAACCCAAGAACAUAUAGGCAGGAAAGAUUUAUGUAAUCAAUUUUCUAUUUGAAGAGUCUAAUAAGAAUAAGUGGUCGUGAGUUCUCAGCGAGGGCAAUGACGAUGUAUAUCUAUCAAAUCAUACUUUUCCUAAUAAUCAGCCUUUUUUGAUUAUAUAGGCAAUCCUUAGCAUAUGAGAUCAGUCGAGUAAUCAAAGCGGGGUAA